CUAAUACAAUCAUCAAAUAAAAUUAUGUGACUCUUUUCUCUCUACAGGGACUCCAUGAGAAAAUUGGAGAUGGGCUAACAUAAUAGCGCAUAUUUAUGCAUCUUAUAAUAGGCUUCACCUUCACCUAUUCGUCCCAUAAAAAUGGUUAAGCACGCGCCGCCCAAAUUCAAGUCUCCCGGCGACGGCAGAAAUUCACCGGCGAAUGAGCCUUCUCGGUCAUCCACUUCAAAGAAAAGUAGAAGUAUUCAGCAUGAUAUGGAUCAACACCGGAGCAAAAAGAAGCAAAAAUUAACAAUACAUCAAACUCAGACUGAAACUGAAACCCUAACCCUAAAUCAUACUUCUACUUCCUAUACCCAUACAUAUGCAAAUUCAUACACAUAUUCGUACAGUAAGGGCAAAGAAAAACGGCGUAAAGGAAAAUCAAAGAAAGCAAUUGCAGAUGAUAAGCGCAAAUGGGUUUACUCUACUCACCAUAUUUCCCCAUUGCAAGAUAGAGUUGUUUUUAUGUCGUAUAACAUACUAGGGGUAAAAAAUGCAGCAGCUCAUGAGGACUUGUACCUCAAUGUGUCUCCAAAAUAUUUGGAUUGGGAUUACAGGAAGAAGCUCAUAUGCAAAGAAAUUCGGGACUACAAUCCGGGUAUAAUGUGCUUUCAGGAGGUUGACCGUUUUGAUGAUUUAGACCAUCUCCUCGUGAAAGAGGGCUUCAAAGGGGUUUAUCAGGCUCGUACAGGUGACGCAUGUGAUGGCUGUGCAAUAUUUUGGAACAGCAAACUAUUUGAUAUUCUGCAUGAGGAGAGCAUAGAAUUCCAAAAUUUUAAUCUACGGAAUAAUGUUUGCCAACUUUGUGUUUUCAAGAUGAAUGUGAAAAGCUCAAAUAAGGAUAUGAGUGCUUCAAAUUCGGAGAGUGUAUCCUCGCUAAGAUUUCUGGUUGGCAAUAUUCAUGUACUCUACAACCCCAAUCGUGGAGACAUCAAGUUGGGACAGGUUAGACUCUUUCUCGAGAGUGCCCAAAGGCUAUCUCAAGAAUGGGGUGAUAUACCAGUUGUGCUUGCUGGAGAUCUAAAUAGUAUGCCCCAGAGUGCAAUGUAUCAGUUUUUGACUUCAAAUAAGUUGGACAUCCAAAUGCAUGACCGAAAGCAAAUCUCUGGCCAAAUUUAUCCAUUUCAAAAUAGAAGCUUCAACCCGAGAUUUUGUAAUAGAUGGAGUAAUGAAGAGCUAAUGCUUGCUACCGGAACAGGAGCUAGUUACCUGAUACACCAGUUACAACUGAGCAGUGCCUACGCUGGAACUCCUGGAAGCUCUAGAACCAGGGGAAACUCUGGAGAACCCUUGGCGACAUCAUAUCAUUUCAAAUUUAUGGGAACUGUUGACUAUAUAUGGCACACAACAGGGUUUGUUCCAGUAAGAGUUCUUGAUACCUUACCUGUUGAUAUUUUAAGGAGAACAAGAGGGCUUCCUAGUAAGAAAUGGGGAAGUGAUCAUCUUUCUCUUUUGUGUGAACUGGCCUUUGCUGAUGAAGGGAGUGAGGCAUGACUGUUCCUUCCCAUCAAAGUUAAAGUUUGAAAUACUAUGUGGAAGGGCCAUCAUGCUUCAGUGCUGGUUGCGCAUUUAAAAACUGCUUCAUGGGGGAAGCUUUUCAGCUCAGGUACUUGGAAGAUCCUCGCGUAAAACAGAAGGAACAGAAGUGUACAAAGUGGAGCAUGGGAAGUAGGACGAAAGGAGCAGCAGAGACUGCAAACUCAUAGCAUAAUCGUUAGGUUCAUCGUAGGAAACAACGAGCAUGACUAGUCUUCAUCUUAGUGUUAUUAAUUAGUACUCCAUCAUUUACUAUCUACAAUAAAUUAUAGUUGCUGCAUUCGCCUGAACAAAACAGUUUUCUUUCCCAACAAAGAAUGCACUAUCCAUUGUAACUUGUGAAUAAGCAUGGUAAGCUGGGAAUGCACUAUCCAUUGUAACUUGUGAAUAAGCAUGGUAAGCUGCAACCUUGAAAGGGGAGAUUUGAACACCUUUCCCUUCAAAUCUUGUCAA